AUGAAACCUUCCAAUUCAUCACUAAGGCGACUUAAUCCUUAUAUAUGCAAAACUUGUACGAGACGCAUGCGGACUUUCGCCACGACUUCUAUAUCUUAUAGUUCUCCUACGACUUCAUCUUCAACUUCCGCCCCAGCCCCUACCCCAGAAAUUUAUGAUGUAGUAUGCGUGGGUGGUGGGCCUGCGGGCUUGAGUCUGGUGGCUGCUUUGCGUAUCCGCGAACAAGGAAAGGCUAAAGGAAACCUAGGCGCAAAUCCCCUCACCCGCAAUCUCCGUCUCGCUCUUAUCGAACCACAACCCCUCUCCAAAUCGCUCAAUUGGAAACCAAAAGCUCGAGAAUAUUCAAAUAGGUGUAGUAGUUUGACACCGAAGAGUGUGAGGUUUCUGGAGGAUAUAGGGGCUUGGGGGGAGGUGGAGGGGCAGAGGGUCCAGGGGUAUGGGGCCAUGCAGGUUUGGGAUGGGGUUAGUGGGGGGAGGAUUGGGUUUGAUGUUGAGGGGGUGGACGGGAGGAAUAGGGUGGAUGGAGAUCUGGGGGAGGGAAAAGUGGUGGCGUAUAUGAACGAAAAUGCUAAUCUAGUGAGGGGGUUACUGAGGAGGAUAGAGGGGUUAGGAGGGGUUGAUAUUUUGGAGGGGAAGGUUGCGGAUAUUGAGUUGGGACACGAAAUCGAAGAGGGAGAUUUCUCUGGUUGGCCAAUUGUGAAGGUGGAAGGACAGAAGAAGGUUCUCGCGGCAAGAUUACUAGUUGGUGCAGAUGGGGCAAAUUCUCCCGUGAGGAAGUUCGCAGGAAUAGAGAGUCGAGGAUGGGACUAUGGACGUGUAGGUGUAGUAGCGACAUUGGAACUGGAAGCACAACACGAGGUGGGGAAAAUCGCAUAUCAGAGGUUCUUACCUACGGGACCAGUGGCCAUGUUACCUUUACCAGGCAACUACGCAACACUCGUUUGGAGCACCACACCCGAGAAUGCAGCUGUUUUGAAAGGACUCAGCCCGAAAGAUUUCAUCGCCAUGGUCAAUGCAGCUUUUAGACUAAGCACUGUCGAUUUGAAAUACAUGCACACACAAUCAUCAGGCCAGGCAGAAGAAGUAUCAUGGCGGCUCCAACACACGCCCAUUUCCGGCUCAGUCCCCGCACCCGUCACUGGUGUCCAAGAAAACAGCAUCGCAUCCUUCCCUCUCAAAAUGCGCCACGCGGAUACAUAUAUCGGGGAACGCAUUGCGCUCGUAGGAGACGCUGCGCAUUCGAUUCAUCCACUUGCAGGACAAGGUUUAAAUCAAGGACAGGGUGAUGUCGAGAGUUUAGUCAAGGGGAUUGGCUAUGCGGUGGAGCAUGGAAUGGAUAUUGGCGUGCGUAUGAGUUUGGAGGCCUACAAUUCAGAGAGGUAUAUGCAGAAUCAUGUGUUACUGGGGGUGGUGGAUAAGUUGCAUAAGCUGUAUAGUGUGGAGAGUGGACCGAUCGUUUGGGGGAGGACAUUGGGGUUGAGGGCUGUGGAUGCGAUGGGGCCGUUGAAGAAGUUCUUGAUGGGUCAGGCGGCUGGGACGGGAGCAAAGAUUUUGUAG